AUGGCAGAGGAGUCAUCGGCAAAAUCGGAACACAUUCAGGUGGUGUAUGACGAUGUCAAAGCCAAUGUGGCUGCCACAGCUGCAAUAGUUGAAGAAGAUGCAAAAGCUGAAGAUGAUCAACAAAAUGGAGCUGAUUGUCCGAAACAGGAUGAACCCGAAUCCAAUGUUGAGAAGAAAUCGGAUGUGAACCACACGGAUCACCAGCGCGAGGACAAGACAGAUGAGUCCUCGUCGCCAAAACAGUAUGACACCAAUGACAGCGCGCCUGAUGAUCAGGUGGCAUUCGCUGAUCUGAAAGAGAGCGAAAAGAAGGCGUUGGAAGAGUUGAGAUCAAAGGUUGAGGAGGCGAUUUUGAUGAAUAAGCUUCUAGUCAGAAAGAAGCAACAGGAGGAUCAAAAAGAGAGCCUUCCCGUUUCAGAUGAGAAUGUUGUUGAAAAGGGAAAAGAAAAAGUUAAUGCGGAUGAGGAAUUAUAUGAUGAUCAGUCCGGUUUGUGCCUAUGGGGUGUACCAUUAAUGCCUAGCAAAGGAGAUAAGGGAACUGAUGUCAUACUAUUGAAGUUCUUGAAGGCAAGGGAUUUCAAGGCCAAUGAUGCACUGGAUAUGUUGAGCAACACCCUCCAAUGGAGGGCAGAGAACAAGAUUGACUCGAUUCUGACAGAAGAUCUUCGCAGCGAUUAUGAUUCGACGGCAUCCAUCAAUGGUGUGGAUCGAAGGGGGCAUCCUGUUUGCUACAAUGUGUAUGGAGUGUUUGGGAAUGAUGAUAUGUAUAACAAGACAUUCGGGACGCAGGAGAGCAGAGACAAGUUCUUGAGGUGGAGGCUGCAGUUGAUGGAGAGACAGAUUCAGAUGCUGGAUUUCAGAACACCCAAGUCCGGAAGCUCGUCCUUAGUCCAGAUCAAUGAUCUUAAGGACACGCCGGGACCUUCCAGGAAGGAUCUUCGCCUUGCCACCAGACAAGCCGUAGCACUUCUACAAGACAACUAUCCUGAAUUUGUUGCAAGAAAUAUUUUCAUCAAUGUUCCUUUCUGGUACUACGCCUUCAACGCGCUUCUGUCCCCUUUUUUGAUACAAAGGACCAAGAGCAAAUUCGUGUUUGCCCGUGCAAACAGGGUCACUGAGACACUUCUCAAGUAUAUUUCUGGAGAAGAAAUCCCAGUUAGGUAUGGAGGUUUAAAGAGAGAGGAUGAUCCCGAUUUCUCAACUCAAGACGGAGUCUCUGAGAUCACAGUCAAAUCAGGAUCAACUGAAGUCAUCGAGAUCCCUGCAUUGGAGGUAAGCCUAAACCAGCAUUUCUGUAUGAAUUCAGUAUUAAUCCCAUCUUACUUUACCGUAAUUCUGAUCACUUCUUGGAAAUUCAAGGCCGGAAGCACUUUGGUUUGGGACCUGACUGUGAUAGGGUGGGAGGUGAAUUACAAAGAGGAAUUUGUACCAAGUGCAGAAGACUCCUACACUGUUAUUGUGAAGAAAGAAAGGAGGAUAGCAUGGCAGGAAGGCUCGCUUCGCAACUUGUUCAAAAACAAUGAACCUGGGAAGGUUGUUCUCACCAUUGAAAACGGGCAAUUCAAAAGGAAACGAGUUCUAUAUCGAUUCAAAACCAAACAAGUCGUCUAA